CAGUUUGUCUUCCUAGAUCCAGACACGGAGACUGCAGAGAAAGGCUAUGUGCAUUUGCUGUCUAUUCCACCGUUUCCUCUGCAGAGGCGGAUGUCCCUGACUGAAGACCAUGUUGCAGGCCCACAGCUGCCUACAAGCCCUUUGGUCAACCAUCCCAAAAUAUGGCUAAGAAGCCUAUUCUGAGAGAUAGGAUCUCACCAUGUUGCCCAGGCUGGUCUUAAACUCCUGGACUCAUCCUAAAGUGCUGGCCUCUCAUUCCCUGUCUGUGCACACCUCACGGCAAGGGCCAGCCCGUUUCCUCCUGGUCACCUCCAAAUCUUGCUGCUGUUAAUUCAACUCAGAGGUAUGCACGUGAAGUAGGAGGGCAGGGGAGGUGGGGAUGGCAGGACAUGGAUGGUCCUUGAGGCGUUGACUCUGGGUGUCAUGGGCUGUGAGAGUCAAGAAGGGCAGUGGCCUGCCUGACUUGGGUUCAGAAGGGUCACUCUGGCCACUGCAGUGAGAACUGAAACCAGCCAGGCCAAUUCUCCAUUGUUUCUGCUCUUCCAGGCAGGAGAAUAUUAGGCCUGGAGUCAGAAGGCUGGGGGUUGUUGGGGGGUGUUGGGAAGAAGUGGUCCUUUGGUCAGGGUGAGAAGCCAACAGGAUUUCCUGGUGCAUUGGAGGUGAAAGAGAAGAGGCACUGGUGGCUGUGCUUUGGUCCUGAGCAGCCAGAAGCCAGUUGCCAUCACCUAUGACAAGGGAGACGGCGCCUGGAGCAGAGCCCAGUAUGGGGUACGUUCAGGGUAGAUCAGGAGGUAUGAUUGUGCAGUAGGCAAGUCAGGCUGGGGGUUGUUGGGGAGGCCUGGGUUGUAGGUGUAAGCGUGGGACCCACAUCAGAUUGGUGGCAGGUCACGCACACUGGGCUGGCUUUCAGGUCCUCCCUGCUGGCUUCCUACUCCCAGGGACUCUCUCCUCCCAGGUUCCUUAGCUGGGUGAGGGGUGGGACAGAGCCCUUUCCUAGGGAGGCCCGGCAUCCCUUGCUGUCCAGGGAAGGGGAGUCCUUCCAGACCCUGGCAGCUACUCUGCCCCUCCCCUGGCCUCCCCAGGCCUAGCCAGGGCUAGGUUCUCACCAACCUGUGCCACCCUGCCUUGUUACCCGGAAGCACAGCCUUGGGGACUGAGCAGGCCCUCACUGUCACUUUAAGAAGGGAAUCAGCCACCUUGUGUUCACCACCUCUGGGGAAGGUGUGAGAGGGGAGAAGGAAGUGGCUGUUUGGCUGCUGACAACAUGAAGACUUCCUGCGAUGAGAACAGAGGCACAGGUGCCGGCCCUGCAGUCCCCAGAACCCGUACUGGAGGGGGCCAUGGGGCACCGGACCCUGGCCCUGCCCUGGGUGCUGCUGACUCUGUGUGUCACUGCAGGGACCCCAGAGGUGUGGGUGCAAGUUCGGAUGGAGGCCACCGAGCUCUCAUCCUUCACUGUCCGUUGUGGGUUCCUGGGGCCUGGCUCCAUCUCCCUGGUGACUGUGAGCUGGGGAGGCCCCGAUGGUGCUGGGGGGACCAAGCUGGCUGUGUUGCACCCAGAACUUGGCACCCGGCAAUGGGCCCCUGCUCGCCAGGCCCGCUGGGAAACCCAGAGCAGCAUCUCUCUCACCCUGGAAGACUCUGGGGCCAGCAGCCCCUGCACCAACACCACCUUCUGCUGCAAGUUUGCAUCCUUCCCUGAAGGCUCCUGGGAGGCCUGUGGGAGCCUCCCGCCCAGCUCAGACCCAGGUCUCUCUGCCCCGCCAACUCCUGUCCCCAUUCUGCGGGCAGACCUGGCAGGGAUCUUGGGGGUCUCGGGAGUCCUCCUCUUUGGCUGUGGCUACCUCCUUCACCUGCUGCGCCGACAGAAGCACCGCCCUACCCCUAGGCUCCAGCCGUCCCACACCAACUCCCAGGCACUGACAGCACGAGCAUGGGCACCCAGCCAGGCCUCCCAGGCUACUCUCCACGACCCUUAUGCCACUAUCAACACCAGCUUCUGCCCAGCUACUUUGGACAUGGCUCACCCCAACGGGUGGGCAUCGCUCCCCACCCACGCCGCACACCGGCCCCAGGGCCCUGCCGCCUGGGCCUCCACACCCAUCCUUGCACGUGGCAGCUUUGUCUCUGUUGAGAACUGGACUCUACACUCAGGCAGGGGAGAGGCCUCCCCAUACCGGUCCCAGCCUCACUCUUUUCCCUGACGCUCGGGAGCCCAGGGCCAUGGAAGGACGCUUCGGAGUUCAAUGAGAGAGACCAUGAGGCCACUGGGCUUUCCCCUUCCCUGGCCUCCUGGGCGCCACCCCCUUACUUUAUUCUUGGGCCUCCAAUAAGUGUAUCACGGGUACUUGGCCAGGCCCACCUGCUGCGGAUGUGGUCUGUGUGUGUGCAUGCGUGGGGGUGUGUGGGCACAGGUGUGAGUGUGUGAGUGACAGUACCCCAUUCCAGUCGUUUCCUGCCAUGACUAAGUCAGCAACACAGUUUCUCUGACUUGGGCC